UGGCAGUUUUAAGUCCUUUGACUCAUUUAUUAUCAGUUAUAAAAAGACUCAUUUAUUAUACUAAUACUAAAAAUCCCAUUCAAUUCUACUGUACCACUCAUAAGUCUAAUCUAAUCUAUUACUCUCUUUUCUUGGUCUUAGAUUUCAAGCCCAAAUUUCUUUGCUUUCUGGGUUACUCAUUCAGUCUCUUGCCUCCUCUUCUGCGGUUAUGGUGGGCUUUAAGAAUAGAUACUUGGUGAUGGAGGUGUUUCUGGAUCCAAAUAAAGACCUUGCAGCUGAUGAACCCAUUAUUAUUACUCAGUUUAAUUUGUCCAAAGCCAUCAAAGAUAGCAUUCUUAUGAAUUUUGGCGAAUGUGGCUUGGCCUCGUCGCUUAAUUCAUUUCAAGUAAAAUACGUGAAUCCUAUUACAAAGCUCUGUAUCAUCAGAGCCUCAAGGGAGGAUCAUCAAAAAGUUUGGGCUGCAAUUACCAUGGUUAGGAGUAUAGGGAAUUGCCCUGUGACUUUCAGCUUACUUGCUAUAAGCGGAAGUAUCAACGCUUGCAAAAAAGCUGCUUUGAAGAGUGACGAAUUGAAGUUUGAGCAAUACAAGUUAAUGGCCCAAGUCCAAACAACAGAUGACAUCCUUCAGCAGAUGCAGAACUGUCUUGCAAAGAUCAAAGUGUUGGAGCACUAAGGCCGAAGGUGUUGCCUUCAGAUUUUCUCAUUUCUGUCUUUCCAACUUGGGAAGACAUUUUGCUAUUCUACUCAUACCUCUCUUGGAUUGCCAGCUAGUUUCUACAUGUGGCUUUGUCCAUCAUUUAUACCUUCCCUCCAUUGAUACCAAAUUAAUACGGUUUGAGCAUCGAUGUUGUAGAUAUUAGGCAUCUGUUUUAAUUUUUCAUAAUGAUUGAGUGAUGAUUGUGAAUCAAUUGUUAUCAAGUAGGUCGAAUGCACUUUUUAACUGUUGGUUCAUACUGUCCACAGAGAAUUCAUUUUUCUAUACUUAAUCUAGUAUUCUCUUUUAAAAGGGAAAGAAU